AUGAGUAGGAAACAAGUUUUCAAGGAGUUUGUUUGGUUGGUUGCUGGCAUUAACAAUGCCGUACUUGCCGUCCACGAAGGCGAGGUGCGCGAGCUAAUCCGUGUGGCUUGGAGACCCUGCUGGAUCCCCAUCCAUCUAAUUAACCAGGCCGAGAUUCAGCCCGCGCUGGCCAAUGCUAAGUCGGUCUUCUUGAAGAAACCACUUGCACAGCGAAAGCAGCGCCGGAACUAUCUGUCGGAUAUGACUGCCAAGUUCUUGAAGACAGUGGAGCUUGCCCCCGAAUGGCGGUAUUACGUCAAGGACGUGUUGGAGUACGCUGUGACGGCGGUAGGUGACGAAGAAAUGGCUAUUGCUAAGGUCCAGUGCAUGGAUUCUUACGAACAUUGCGUUAAUGUCGCUAACAGCGUCGACUUAUGGACGAGGUUGUACCAAUGCCGUUCCAAUGCCGUGACAACUCUAAUCGCUGAAGGCAAACUUUCCACCGAAAGUGUUAAGUUGUUGAUGGAAUUCAAGACUCGAGCUGAUGCUGCCAUCAAACCCGCGCCCUAA